CUCCACAUCUUCUUAGUUUGCACAACCUCGACGUAACUGCACAAUCUCUCAAGAGGCCACCGGAGAUACCUGUCAGGUGUUCCCACGUUGUUUGCGUUCGGUCGCUAGAGAAAACGCGUCUCUUUUCGGCCAUGGCCAAAGGAGAGGGGGGCGAACAAUACUCCAACGUAUCCAGCUUAUUGGACAAACCGGUCGGCGCGGUCAAUGGAAUCACGCUCCCCAAGAAGGUCUCCGGGAUGAGUGGUGAAAGAUACAUUUUAAUGGGCCCUUAAGCCAUGUGAACUACGGCACACUAGUGCACUGUCAAGCAAACCUCCACACGAGAAGCAUGAACAAGAAAACAAAUUGUCGGUCUGCAGCAAGCUCUGCUACGCCGUCGGCGGAGCCCCCUACCAGAUGACCGGAACCGCCCUGGGGUUCUUUCUGCAGAUCUAUCUGCUCGACGUAGCUCAGCUGGAUCCCUUCUACGCCUCCAUCAUCAUGUUCGUGGGCCGAGCAUGGGACGCCAUAACGGACCCGACGGUGGGCUUCCUGGUGUCCCGGAGCCCGUGGACGCGGUUCGGCCGCAUGCUGCCGUGGAUCGUGCUCUCCACCCCUCUGGCUGUGGUGGCCUAUUUCCUCAUAUGGUUCGUCCCCCCCUUUGAGGAGGGCAAGGUCAUCUGGUACCUUUUCUUCUACUGCAUCUUCCAGACCCUGCAGACUUGCUUCCACGUGCCGUACUCGGCCCUCACCAUGUUCAUCAGCUCGGAGCAGAGAGAGAGAGACUCGGCCACCGCCUACAGGAUGACCGUGGAGGUUAUGGGCACUGUCCUGGGCACAGCCAUCCAGGGGCAGAUCGUGGGCAUGGCCAACGCUCCCUGCCUCCCGGGGCCCUUGGACAUGGUGGCGAACGCCAGCAACUUGUCCGCGUCCGCCGGGCUCAACGCGUCGGGGCCCGUCAUUUCUCUGGACCACACGAAAGCGGCCUACAUGAUUGCCUCGGGCGUCAUCUGCAUCAUCUACGUCCUCUGUGCCGUUGUGCUUUUCUCUGGCGUGAAGGAGAAGAAGGAUUCCAGUCGUCCCAAAUCGGAGCCCAUGGGAUUCUUCCAGGGCAUCAGGGUGGUGAUGGGACACGGGCCGUACGCCAAGCUGGUCAUGGUCUUCCUCUUCACCUCGCUGGGUUUCACGCUUCUGGAGGGAAACUUCGCGCUGUUCUGCAGCUCCACUCUGGGCUUCAGAAACGACUUCCAGAACAUACUGCUAGUCAUCAUGCUGUCUGCCACUCUGGCCAUCCCCUUCUGGCAGUGGUUCCUGACGCGCUUUGGGAAGAAGACGGCGGUCUGCGCUGGCAGCUUGUCGGUGGUUCCCUUCAUGAUCCUGGUGGUGUCCAUCAAGAGCAACCUGAUCGUCACCUACUUCGUCUCGUUCGCCUCCGGCGUCGGAGUGGCCGCCGCCUUCCUGCUGCCCUGGUCCAUGCUGCCCGACGUGGUCGACGACUUCCAGGUGCAAAACCCCAACUCCACCGGCCACGAGGCCCUCUUCUACUCCUUCUACGUCUUCUUCACCAAGUUCGCCUCCGGGGUCUCCCUCGGCAUCUCCACUCUCAGUUUGGAUUUUGCCGGCUACAUCAGCAGAGGCUGCUCUCAACCAGAGGAGGUGGGCAUCACCUUGAAGGUUCUGGUCUCGGCCGCACCCAUAGUUCUGAUCCUCAUCGGCCUCGCCGUCCUGUAUUCGUAUCCGAUCACCGAGGAGCGGCGGCAAGGCAACCGCAAACUGCUACAAGAACAAAGGGAUAACGAGGCAGAUUCCGAAACCGAGUCGACAGAACUGGUCCCUAUGAUCUGAUCGGUUGCAGACGGAGUGGUAUUUUGUGGAAACAAUCUUUUUUUUGGGGGGGGGGGGGGGGGG